AUGGCCCAGCCCGAUCCUUCUCGAUGGUCUGAUCACCUUCCCCUGGUGCUGUUGUCCCUCCGUUCCACUCUCAAGGCCGACAUCGGUUGCACUGCAGCUGAUCUUGUCUACGGAACCUCCCUACGACUGCCCGGUGAGUUAGUUUAUCCUUCAAACACGCUAACGUUUUUUGAACCUUGCAGUUAUGUGGAGCGACUACGUAGUGCCAUGCGCAAUCUCCGCGCAACGCCCCCUCGGGCGUCACCAGCCAAUUCCUUCAUCCCACCCGACAUGGAUAAGUGCGAUUUCGCCUGGGUUCGGCAUGACGCUGUCCGACGACCACUCCAACCACCCUAUGACGGGCCGUAUAAAGUCCUUCGCCGAUCUGACAAAGAUGCUGUCAUCGAACGCAACGGCAAGACCGACACAGUCAGCAUUGAUCGCGUCAAGCCGGCCUACAUCGACGACAGUGACCAUUCCUCACCUCAACAACGCACCCCGCCUCAGACAGUGCGGCCUCCUCCACCUACUGGCGACAGCCCCCCUCCGGUUCGCCACACACGAUCUGGUCGCCACGUCCACUGGCCCGACAGGUUUGUGGCUGGCUAG